AUGAAAGGCAUCAGCAUAGAUAUCGAAGUUAUCACGUCUGAAAGUAUUGCAAUACCAACCAAAGAAAGGGUACGCGUACCACCAGUACGUGAUAUUCUCUUCUUGCAGCACGGAACCACUGAUGACAUCACCUUCAUUACAAUAAGAAAAUUAAGCAGUACUAGGAAGUACGUGCCAGCUACUACAGCUUCCAAAUUGUCUUCAUUUAACCCAAAAAUAUUAGGAAUUAUAAUGUUUUCUACCAUUUUCAGGGUCAUGGAUGUUGCCAACUUAAUUAUAAUUUGUUUGCGUUCUUACUUGCCAACAAGUUGGUAUGGACAUGUGAAGAUGAAGGAUGAAACGCACGUGACGAGAAGGGGGGUGGAAAUGAAUGUAGAUAGAUGGAGUGGUAGAGGAAGACUGAAAAAAAGAUGUAUAGAUUGUAUGAGACAGGAUAUGAAAGAGAAAGGGGUGAAUGAUGAGAUGACGAGUAAUAGGGGAGAGUGGAAGAGGAAGGCUUACUGCGCAGAUCCUAAG